AUGAAUAAAGAAAUUGCAAAUCCCUAUGAUUUAGAGGAGGAAGAUGAUGAUGAUCAUCAUCAUGAUGAAGGCCUAAUAAAGGAUGCAAAUGCAUUGUUUAAGUUGUUUGAUAAAGUUGUUCAAGAAGUUGGGGUUGAGCACAUUGUGCAGUUCAUUACAAACUUCUUACAAGUCUAUAGUAGAUAUUUUCCUAUCAUUGAUGAUACCAUUCAAAAGGAUAAAAAGAUUACCAAAUUCAUAUACAACCAUGGCAAGGUUUUAUCUUUGAUGAGAAGCGACUUCACUAAUGGUAGGGAUUUGAUUCGUCCAGCCAUCACAAGAGAUGUCAUGGGAAAGGUGGCGGCUGCAAUUGUUUUGGAAGAUAAAGAGUUUUGGUUACAAUUUCAACAAAUAGUGAAGAUUAGCGAGCCUUUGGUUAGAGUACUACGUCUUGUAUAUGGGGAUGAAAAACCAUCAAUGGGAUACUUGUCAAAUAAACAACUUCAUAGUCCAUUACAUGCAGCAGGUUGUUAUCUCAACCUUGGAAUCUUUUUUAGGCCUUCAAUUAGGAAGCAACAAGAUGUUACAAAAGGCCUACUUAGUACCAUUACAAGGUUGGUUUCUGAUCCUUAUGAGCAAGACAUUCUUAGUUCUCAAAUUGAAGCAUAUAAAAAGUCUUUAGGUGACUUUGGAAUGCCUAUGGCAAUCUGCCAACGUGAAAAACUAAGUCCAGUUGCUUGGUGGGAGCAAUUUGGAAAUGACACUCCAGAAUUACAAAAGUUUGCAAUUCGAGUGCUAAGUCAGUGUUCUAGUGCAACUGGUUGUGAAAGAGCUUGGAGCACAUUUGAGUUUGUCCAUUCCAAAAGGAGAAACGUUUGA